AUGCUGUCGUCUCUUGCAUCCAUAGCGACUGGCUCGAGCUCCAGAUCGCGCGAGCAUUCUCAGCCUCAAAUGCAGACGCCCGACGAUGCCUUGACCCUGUCGCGUCAGCUGGUGAAUAGCGACUCGGCAAACGAUGAUCCAAACGCCAUUGCCAAUGCAUCGGGCUCCAAGACAUUGGCAGAGAGCUUGGACAGACUUUACAAGAAGGGAAAAGGGGAAGGCGCGAUGCAGCUGGCGCAACCGCUCGCGGAUGGCAGAGAUCCGCUCAGCGUAGUCGUGUAUCCCAGAGAUACGUUGGUAGGACUGUACAUCCUGUGAGUUCAUGCGUGCUGGUGCAAUGGGUCGGUAGUCAGGCGUCGGUUGCCAAGCAUCCGGGCAUAUUCUUUGAGCGCUCGCCUCUUACUGUCUGGCGCGCACCUCGCAACGAUCAGCAACGCCCGUCUCAGUCUCAUCAAGGACCAGCAAGCCAUUGGCGCGGCGACAGUCUACAUCGACGCAUUGCUAGCUCGUGCGCCACCUGAAUUGCUCCGCAUGGCUCCUAAUCGAGGUGAGGUGUUCCGUACGAGGUGUCUCGCUUUUCGAACGCUCAUGCGCGUGUCCUUCCACACCAGUCACCCACCUCGCGCGUCAAAUUGCAACCUUUUCAGCAACUCUGCGCAAUGUGAGUCGAAGCGUGUAUCUGGCGCAUACCCUGCGCUGACCCUCGGCAUCACCGCCGCUGCUUCAAGCCACAAUGGGGCCUGCAGCGACUACUGCGACUGCAUUCGAUGAGCCCAUACGAAGUGACGGUGAAUGUAUUGACGCCUCUGCACGCGAUUGUGCUGUACGUGAGUAGCAUACAUGGCACCUCUCGUCAGACCCUCCCCUGACAGUAUGCCUCGCUUCCCGCCCACUUAUCACAGCAAGCUCUAAAGACCGGCGAUCUCGGCGCUAUCGGAGCUCUUGUGGAGGUCCCAGUGCAGCACGUUGCCAAAGUGAGCUCAACGUGGUCUUUUGUCUGGUAGCUCUUGCUCAUCCACACCUCUCUUGCAGCACCCCAACAACCGCUACCUGGAUGCGCUGGAAUACUUUUACUAUGCAGGUCUAGCGUACCUCAAAUUGGAUCGUUUGGACGCCGCUGACAAUGCCUUUGAAACGGUGUGUAAAUGCAGUGCAAUGCCGGAGCACCUGCACCAACCUGAUCCAGAUUAUUGUCCUAGUGCCUGAGCGUCCCAACACGCGAAGUCAGCGCGAUCCAGCUGGAUGCAUACAAGAAGCUCAUUUUGGUGCAGCUCAUGCUUUAUGGAAAGGUGAGCGAGUGGCGAGCGCCAUCUGUAUCAAGAAGCAUGCACGGCUAACCCUUGGCGCCCCCAGACUCGAUCACCGCCAAAACACGUCUCGCCGCCUUUUCAAAAGAUUUUGCGCAAUGCUGGUGGCUCCACUGGCACGCACCCUUCCACUCUGGUGCCCUACGAGACACUGGCUCGCCUGUAUGCUCGUGGUCCAGUGCUCAACCUGGCAGGUCAAGCUCAAGCUGCUGGGCAUGUCGAUCGUGGACUAGCAGACUUGCAGGAGUUCGUCGCGGCAAAAAAGGCCGACUUUGCAGCGGUGCGUGGCUGUGUCCACGAAUUUACGCUUCUUUGCUGAGCCCUUGUCCACUUCUCAGGACGCAAAUUGGCACUUUGUACAGUCCUUGCUUAGCCUGCAUCGCUUGCGGCGCAUUCAACGCUUGGGAGAUACGUUUGGGUCGCUCACAAUCGCAGACAUCAUCGAUCUGUUAGCUUUGCCAAUCCCAUCAGGCAAUCGCGACCAAGUAGCGCAGCAAGUGGCGGCUGACCUGCUGUGGAUCGUGAGUACGCCCAUCAUCUGGCUGUAGUAAAGUUGCUGAUCGAACGAUACCUCUCCGUCAGACUCAGCAAGGCUGGUCCCAAGCCACGAUAGAUGGCGAGUCGACGCCGUCGCCUGAGAGCGUCGUGGUGCACUAUCAUCCAGCGCCCUCUGCGCAAACGGCGGGCAGCAUGAAUCGCGACGCUGGUACCGUGCGUCGCCUACAAGCCAUGCAUUCUGAAUUGCACCAUCUCAGCUCGGCAGUCGAACAAAAAGAGAGGAGCAUUGCGACGAGCGCUAGCUAUCUGCUCAAGGUGCGUUUGGGCAGCUGAGGUCGACACAGGAGGCUCCGCCAUUUUGUAGCUCACCGAAGCGGCAGUCCCACAGGUGCAACACAAUACUCGACCUGCAUAUCAAGGCGGCGGCAACCUUGGCGGGGCUGGUAUGGACUGUGAGUUGCGCUAGCAGUGCUUCUGGUUGAGAUUCUGUCAAAAGCUGAUGAUGUGAUGUCUUCCGCCAGUUGACGACUACGAUGAAGGUGAGGCGCUUUCUCUGCAGCGCCAGUCUGUUGAUGUGCUUGUCGCUGAAUCUUGCCUUUGCAGACGUUUUCGGAGCUUGA